AGAGUGCCUGGCAGAUAAAGUGGAAGAAAUCCCAGCUCCAUCUCUGUCCUGUGAGCCUGGGAGCUGGGAAUGACUCCCUUGUCUGUCACUGUGGGAGAACUCCAGGAGGCUGUUCAGGAUUAAGCCCAGAGAGUGCCUGAGCUCCCGGCUUAGCUCUCCAUGUCCCCUCCCCUUGAGCAGCUCCCCAGGCUGGCUGGAGGCACUCAGGGACUGGCCCUCUCCGGCAUAAUCGCCUCCUGUUCAGAUGUCAGGAGGAGAUCAAGCUGCUAUAAAUAGAUGGUGAAGCCCUCCUGGUUUCAGCUGUGAUUCACACACAUGCCACAGAGGCAUUAAGAAGAAUUAACAUCCAAUCUCUCAGGCACUUUCCUGUGCAAAUGCCAUGCUGUCCCUGUCACUUAAGCUCCUUUCCCAGGGGAGAUCAGCAGCACUCUCUGGAGGGCCUGGAUGGGCCAAAUGGAUGGGGAAACCCAGAGCAGGACUCCUGGGAAGAUAAACCUGGAGCAGGACUUGUGGGGAGAGAAAGGCAGCUGCUCCGGCCGGUGCCAGAGCAGCACCUGCCCGUGAUGCAGAGCUGCCUUUGGGAGAUGCCCAGGGCUCCUGCUCCCUCCUGCCCGGAGCUGAGGCUGGCCAGGAUGGGGCUUAUGAAGUGCCCACACGUUUGGACAGAGGACAACAGCCUUUGGGACUGAGGCAGCUCCUGGAGGUGCAGGCACCCUGCAGCCGGAGCUUCCUCAAGCUCACUGCCAUGGAGGUGAAGUGGAUCCAUGUCCUGGUCAUCUUCCUCUUCCUGCUGUCCAUGGCCAUGACCGGCUGCUUCCUGUGGCAGUACAGCCUCCCCAAGGUGGAGCCCAAUCCAUCCGUGAUGGAGGUGAGGUCAGAAGCUGUGCAGAUGUGUCCUCGCUAUCCUGAGCCAGUGCCACUGGACCACCCCCUCCCCAUCCUGAAGGAAGCACUGGAGAAGGUGGACCAGAUGCUGCGGCAGAAGAUGCACAGCUCCGGCCUCCCGGCCAUGUCGGCCAUCGCCAUCUACAAUGACACCGUGCUCUGGACGGGCAACUUCGGCAAGAAGAACGCCUCUGACCCUGCCUCAGGGGUGCCCAACGAGUACACCAUCUACAGAAUUGCCAGUGUCUCCAAGAUCUUCCCCACCAUUAUGUUGUACAAGAUGUGGGAGGAAGGAAAAGUCACAUCCCUUGAUGACCCAUUGGAGCGUUAUGUCCAGAACUUUGUUAUUAAGAACCCUCUGGGGAGGUUCAAGGACUCAGAGCAGAGAUACUCAGCGGACGGCCUGGUGUUUUUGGAAAAAGGCUCGAUGCCCCUGAAGCCAUCCCUGGUCACGCUGCGCAGAAUGGCCAGUCAGCUCUCAGGUCUGCCCAGGAGGCUGCGAUCCACCAGCCUGCUCUGGAAGGGCAGCACGCAGGACGCCCUCGCGCUGCUCAAAGACGAUGUCCUGGUGGCCGACCCAGGAACCAGAUGCCACUACAGCAACCUGGCCUUCUCCCUGAUGGCCCACGUGCUGGCUGACCACGCAGCUGAUGGGCAGUACCAGCGCUGGAUCUCGGAGAACAUCCUCGACCGCCUGGGCAUGGAGGACACGGGCUUCGACAUCACGGCGCCCAUCCGCUCCCAGAUGGCCGUGGGCUUCUACGGCAGCCAGCAGCCAGCCCCGCUCUACGACCUGGGCUGGUACCGCCCCUCUGGCCAGAUGUACUCCACGGCUGCCGACCUGGCCAAGCUGGCCAUGGUCUUCUUGGGCACUUACCACCGCCGGCUGCUCGAGCCCGACACGGUGAAGACGAUGCUGACACCCCUGCUCAAGUGCUCCGUGGAAUACUUUGCUAACAAGACAGGCACACCCUGGGAGAUUAAUGAGCAGUUGGGAUAUGAUGUCAUCAGGAAGGAUGGGGACCUUGAUGGUUACUCAGCAACCUUCUCUCUCAUCCCCAAGCUCCGCCUGAGCUUCAUUGUGCUGAUGGCAGGGCCCAGACCACAGGGUGGGGACAUUGUGACUCAGACAUACGAGUAUCUCAUCCCUGCCAUGGAGACAGCGUUCAGAGAGGCUGACAAAAGCUUGGUUCCUCCUCCAAACCCAAUCCCUUAUGUUGGCUACUACACCUAUUCCAACCUGACUUUCUAUGAGAUCAAAGUUGGAAUUGGUGGGGUGCUGCUCAUGCAGCAGUUUGGGCCUCAUGUGGAAGAGCUGAUCCCUGAAAAGUAUCGGACAAUCAAGCUCCACCACCUGGAAGAUCGCGUUUUCCAAGUCGUUUUUGACAAGGAGUUCCCAUGUGUUCUGCAUCUGGGUUCUGCCUCCAUCUCACUGGAGACACAGAAUGGGCAGCUCUUUAACUUCUACCCCUUCGACCGCAAGGGUUUGUCCCCUGGCUUUGACGCCCCGGGACUGAACACCUACAACGUGGUGCGUGUCCUGCGCAAGCCCGUGUUCUACAGCUAAACAUUCAGCGCUCUUCCCUCCACUCCUGGGAGCUGGCUCCAAAUCUGUGUCUUACCAGACUCUCCUGCCUGUGUGGCAUUGUGGAUGCCAUUCAAAAGGGAAAGUUGGAGGCAAAUGACUCUUUUGCCAAACAAAUCCUUCAGACUUAUAAGACAACUUUAAUGACUUGUCAUUGGCCCCCAGCAGUGCACAACAGGCCAGCUGGCACCUGGACACACCUUCAGGAAAAAGAAGUGGGAAUGUGCUGGUUGGAUGUGUUUGAAUGCCAUAAAAAAAGCCAGGCACUAAAGUGUCCACUCUUAUAUUGUCUGUUUGAUGACUACUGUGGUGAUCAGCUACUAUCAUCAAAGAGCUGAGAAUUCCCUGGGUCUCUCAGAAAAUGUCUUUUUGUCAGUCCAAGGGUUUUUCCAGGGCUUUUCAAGAGCCUGUCUAUUACAAACAAGAUCCCUUACCUGGGUUUGCCAAAAGCAUUAUGUGCUCAAAAAUGGCACCAGACUGACACCAGGCCCUGCUUCAGAUCCCUGGGGAGUGAGGGUCUGUUUCUUUCCUGGGUCAUAAGCUUUGAAAAGUGCAGAGCAAUGUGGUCCUGUCUUGGCUCCUUGGCUGGUCCUUCAGAGGAUGUUGGAGCAGUGUAGAAGCUGAAGCUCACUGCUAGGUGUAGGAGCACAGGAGCAUAAGGUGGGAUGCUCGAGGUAGACUCAGCUCUGUGACUGUCUCAGUAUGCAGGAAAGUGUGUGAGCAUGGUGUGGAAAUUCAGGAAUCAUGGGAACCUUUCUGUAUGUUUUGGGCAGGAUGUCUGGAUACAAACAUACCCACUGGAUUUCUGCAGCUGUAAGUGAAGAUCUGAGGGGAAAGUGCAUCAGCCUGGGGAGCACCACCUUGGCAACAGAGCCCCUGCACCUACAGAGUCACUGGUGCAUUUCAUUAUCCCUUCCUGUGCCCACGCCAUGCCAAGGCAGGCAGGACAGGGGAAUGGGUCACACCAACCCCAGGCAGUGCUCCAGGUGUGGGGCAGAGUGCCUGGACUCCUGCCCAGGAGGGAGAAGCCCUGGAGGUGCUGGUGACAGUGGCUGAACAUGAGCGCAGGUGUGCCCAGAUGGCCAAGAAAGCCAAUAGCACCAGGCCUGUCCCAGCCACGGUGUGACCAUAGGACCAGUGAUUGUUCCCCUGUGCUGGGCACUGGUGAGGCCCCACCUCGAAUCCUGGGUCAGUUCAGUGUGAAUGUGGCACCUGGGGUCAUGUUUAGUGGUGGCCCUGGCAGUGCUGGAGGAACAGUUGGACUCAAUGACCUUGAAGAUCUGUUCCAGCCUCAGUAAAUCAAAGAUACUGUGCUGUCAAUGGCCAACACCACCUCAAUGUGAUGAGAACAAUAUCAGACACGAGGGCAGACAGGACCAUCACAACUGCACAGUCCUGGCUCCUCAAUGCCUCUCCAAAAUAAGGGGAUAUUGUGGUUUCAGCCCCGGAUGGAGCUGAAAUAAAAGCAAGCAGAGGGGCAGGGCAGGAUAGUUCUGACCUUAAAGUGAAUAUCCAAACUGCAGGGCAUGGCAGAGGCUACAUGGCAUGGAAAUCCAGAGGGAAGUGUGACAGGGGCACUGCACAAGGUCUUACCGAAACUUGCACAAGCAAAGACCCUUCCAAGUGCACGUUCUGGUAUGAGGUGUAUCCUCUUGCAGAGCAAUAUCCUGCUGCUGCUGGUCCACACAGAUUCCUGGAUGUGGACAUGUCUCAGAGAGGAUGAGAAAAAAACCCCUCUCUGAUCCCUUCUCUCUGAUUCUCUCAGUGCUUUCUCUCUGUAGGCUGUUCCUCAGCUUCAGUUUUGAGUAAAGAGACCAGCACUGAAGGCCCAGAAAUUCCCUGCCUUUUCUCAGAUAAUUUCAGUUUCCUGAUCAGCACCUGGAACCAUGCAAACCUUGCCUUACAGAGCUGCUGCUGUGUUGGUCUCCUCUAGGCUUUGUAGAAAAUCACAUCCCAUACCUUGUACAAUGCCAUAUGUUCAAUAUUUAGUCUGGGCUAUAGCAACAGCAAUAAAACCUGUGGAAAUGCCACUGUCCUGUGUGGUCACACCCAGAGGGAUGAGUGUAGGCACAUUUGGUGCUGAUUUCCUGAGGACAAUAUCACUGCCAUGACACUCCUGACACAGCCAAGCCCAUGGGAUGGGAUGUCUGAUUGCAAGAUCCUGGAGUGAUCUAAUUCUGGUUCUUUUCAGUGAGAGCUAUGAGCCAGUGAGGGGCUGUCCUUCUUGCUUUGAAAUAAAAGAAGUGAUUGUUUACCCUCAAAAGCUUCCAAGAAAAAUUAGGAUUUAUAUCCCAUGUCACUCACUGGCCAGGAGGAAACGCCACACUGGACAACCUCCAUCUGUGUGAUGGAAAGUUGGAGAUGUUUUAGUUUUCCAUCAGAAAUGCAGAUACUGAGAAGUCUUUUCUAGUGAAUCACCCUCACGCCUGUUCACCUACUUUUGGGGGCUCUAAUUCAUUCUCAUUCUUUAACACUCCUGAGUCAAAUUCAUUUCCUGAGCUGCAGCAAAGCUUAUCUCACCAAAGUGGCUCACACUGGGAAGGUGAACAGGAGCUCAGUGUGAGCAGGAGAACCCUUCCCUGACACAGAGGGGGAAAAGGAACCUUGAAAGAUCUGUACAGAGGAUUUGGGAGAGGCCGUGCAUGGCAGACAAGAAAAGGUGGAGUUCUGGGGUAGUCCAGUCAGUCAUGGAGAGCAGCCAGUGACAAUCCUCAGUCCAAACUUCUCUUUGUAACUUAGUGCCAAAGCAGCAUCCUGGGAAGAGCAGAACCUGCUCUGUCACGGGGAGGGAGGCAGUCGGGGGGUGAUGGGGGUGACCUGACUCAAUCAGCAGGUGUUUUACACCAGCUCUAACAGCUCUGUGUGAAUUUGCCUUUUUUUUUUACUUGAACUCUUACAGAAUCUAAGUUACCACUAUGAAUAAUGUUUAAGCUUUUGUGUAUGCUUGCUGCUGAAUUUAAAAAUAUCCCACUGUUAUUUCACCAAUGUCAGAAACUGGCUCCACAAUCCAUACAACAAACAUGCAAACUCUGCCCAUCUGCUCACAUUUCACUGAAUCUGUGCUUUAAAAAGUGACUCAAUGUGUCUGCAACAGCCUAUAGAAACACAGCGCUUAAAAAUGUUUUCAGAAUUACUCAUCAGGGAACCAAACAAAUAGAAAAUGCUUCAUUAACAUUCCCAGCAUCAAAACCAGACAAAAACAAAACUCACUUUAUUGGUUUAAGAGACCAAAUUCUGCCCUAAGGAGCAGUAAUGAAACCACAUAAUAUUGUAACAGUGUCCCUUAAACUGUAGUUACUCUACAAGUUAAAAGACUCUGGACCACUAAGAAUUAGAAUAACCUGGCAAAAUAUAAACACCUACACCUCAGAACUUCAAACCCUUUGAACUCCUUUCUUAGUGAGUUUUAAUGACUCCAGUCAGUGGAGUGGAUUCCUGUCACGUCAAAGGGUAAAAUUAGAAUAAAUUAACAAAUCACACUCUACAAAUCCCCAGCCUCCAGCUGGCUGUGAUGGACCCAGGCCCAUGUGUCAUGAGCACCUCUUCAGCUGGAAGGGAAACUCUUCCAGAACCUGCUCUCA